CUCGUGGAGCUCUCAACCAGUCCUUCAUCUCCGCUCAUUCUCCAAAACACCAAGUCUCAACCAUGGCCCGCUCCCGCCGUUCCGCUGCCCCCGCCCCUGCCCGCCGCCCCGCGCCUGCGGCCAAGCCCGCCCCGGCCCCGGCUCCCGUCCACGCCGCGCCUGCCCCCGCCCCGAUGCAGCAGCAGUCGGGUGGUGGCGGCAUGAUGGCCGGCCUCAUGGGCACCGUCGCGCAGGGCAUGGCCUUCGGUACGGGUAGCGCUAUCGCCCACCGCGCCGUCGGCGCCGUCGCCAACUCGAUCGGCGGUGGCAGCGACAGCCAGCAGCAGGAGGCCGCCCCGGCCGCCGCCGCGCCCCAGCAGGCCAACCCGUGCGCGAACCAGAACAAGUCGUUCACGGACUGCCUCAACGCCAACAGCAACGACGUCGCCGCGUGCCAAUUCUACUUUGACCAGUUCAAGAUGUGCGAGCGCCAGGCCCAGCAGCAGUUCUAAGCGUCCUGCCUCCAUAUAUUAGAAACACGUAACUAAGCAACGACAAAAGCGACACGUGCGUGCAUUGUCUUGCACCAAUACCCUCCUUUUCCUGUCUA